AUGAUAUACACUCUAACUCCUAGCUAAGCCUAAAUUUCAAUUAAAAUCGAUAAGCCUGCCUAUUAUCCUGGGGAGAUUAUAAAAGGUGUGAUAUAUAUGAAAAUCAAAACAAACGACAUUGAUGCAGGUCUCAUGUAUUUAAAGGUAAGAAUGCUUAUCGAGCUUAUAUAGCUUUGUUGUUAAGAGAAAGUCAAUUAAUUAGACUCAUAUAACUAAUUCUUUAGUUUUAAAUAAUUCAUAUAUAAAAAAUUAAAAAAAAUCACUGAUUUCGGAAAGAAAAUGCCUAUGAUUGCCUGCAAAAAAUAUUUUGAGUUAGAAGUGCCAUCUUUGUACCCAAGUUUUACAAUUAAUUAUUAUAAAACGGUUCAAUGUAGAGUUCUUUAUUUUCUCACCAUCAAUUUAUAGAAUUAAGAUGGACAACUUUAAUAUAAAGUACCAAAAAAACAUAGAGUCGUAGUUCAUGUAUUAGAAAAAUUGCCUAUUAUUAAUUAAAUUCCAAUAGAAAUAGAGAGAAUCUCAAAGGCGCACAAAAGAUUGUGCUUUUCAACAGAAAAAACAAAAAUAAAAAUUUAGCUUUAGAAAAUAUAAAAUAUUUUUGGAGAUAAUAUCCCCUUGAUUUUAUCAGUAGAUAAUAUGUAGUCAAAUAUUGGCAUAUAAAAAUUUGAAAUAAGAAUUUCAUCCUAAUUAGUAGUGUUGUAUAAGGAAUAAAAAAGAAAAUUGUCAAAUUAUUUUGAAAUUUUUAAAUUAGAAAUAAAUGAACAAAUUAAAUCGCAUUAAAAUAAAUAGAUCAGCCUCAAUUUAAUUUUGCCCAUUGGUAAUGAAGCUAAUUAAACUUCUUUUUUUCCAUAAAGUACAAUAAAAACCAAACGAAUAAGUUAUUAAUAUAUUUUAACAGUGAAUGUAAUUUUUGACAAAUUCCUUUUUUAUAAAGUUGAUAAUCUUGUGAUCUCUGCUCCAUUAAUUUUGAUUUAAAAUAAAAAAAGAGAGAAAACCAAUAUUAUAUAAUCCAUGGAAAACUUAAGCAGGAUUGGGUAAAUGGGUGAACCAAGUUCAAGAUUAAAUAUGAGUUAAUUGAAUAACUUCAUAUAUGGAGAUCAUAACUUUGCUGGUUACGGUGAAUAAGAUGGUUAUAAAGGACCUGAAAGAAAAUAUAAUCCAGUAGAAAGCCUGGAUGAAUUAGCUCUAAAGGAUAUUAAGGGUGCAUUGGAAGAAUUAAUGGGUAAGAAAGAAGAUGAAGAAGAUAGUGAAAUUGAUGAAAAUUUCUUAGAAGAAAUAGUUGGAGCAAGUAAAAAUACAAUCAGUAUGAACUAAAUAUCCUUAUUCGAAUAGUAAAAACAAAGAACAAUUUUUAAAUAAAAUUAGAAAUAUAAUAGUGACUUUUCUAAUUUAAAUAACGAGGAAUUCAAAUAAGAUUAUUGUAACUAAAUAAAUUUGCAUACAAUAAAAGAAGAAUAGGACAGUAGUGGAACUUAAUAUAAUUUAAAUAAUGCUAAAUAUAAUUCUUAAAUUCGUAAACAUGAUUAAAUAAAUGAAUACUAAAGAGAUUUGAAGGAUAAUUCUAAAAUUGAAUAACUUGAAUCUUUUAACAAUCAAUAGGAUAAAAUUAAUUUUGAUUAUAUUUCAAAUAACCAAAAUUUUCCAACAGAUCCUUAAAACAAUAAAAGAUAAAAAAAUAAUAAUAAAAAUCCAAUAACGAGCAAAGAAACUGAUUAAAAACCAUUAAGCAAGUUUAAAGGUUAAUUUAAUGACUAAACUUAAAUAAGCUCUCCAAGAAAUAAAAUGAGAGAAAAGAUUAGCUUAUAAAAUUAAAAAAAUUGA